UUUUGUUUUAUCUUUUCAUAAUUACAGAAAAUCAAACAGAAACAUGAGACUUCCCUGUGAUGUUGAGAUUCAGAACCGAAUGCUGCCAUCACAUGGCAUGAUCAAGAGAGGUCGUUCCAUAAGGGCCUCUAUUGUGAUAGGUCGACGACCGCUGGCUGGUAACAGUGAGGGUGGAAUCUUCCUUGCAAUUUGCACAGCUAAAGACCGUGAUGGAGCAAAGUAUUGUUUGAAAGGGAAUGUGGUGAAGAUCUUUGGACGCUUUGUUCAAGAAGGCAAGGCCACUAUCCGCAUCCAUGAACCUGCACAAGAUGUCUGCAUCAGCAAGGCUGACCCUCUACAGCUAAAGGUCCUCCUGACAGCGGUCAAUUUAGCCCACCGAGACCAGGACCUGCCCAAUGUCCAGCUCUCCAGUCUAGUCCCAGCCAAGCAGUCCCAGGUUGAGAGGCCCAAGACCAAUGUGGUGAUUCAUCGGCGCCAGGACUAUCCUAUCACCACUGGUUUUCCUCAAAGAAUGGAGUUCCUUCAGGUCAAUGGUUGUAGUUUGAAGAAAGUGGACAGCAGAAUUCUGAAAGCGAAGCAUCUCAAAAGAUUAGACCUGAGCUCCAACAGCAUUUGUGAGAUCCCAGGGAAUCUUGAUCAACUAACAAACCUUUCUGAACUCAACUUCUCACACAACCAACUCCAAUAUCUACCUGUGGGACUAUGCAAAAGUCUGCACCUAGUAAGAACAUUGCAAUGUCUGAACAUUUCACACAAUCAUAUCAAACAUUUACCCUUUGAACUAGUCAACUUAGCAAGACUCGUCAGAUUGGACAUCUCACAUAACAGUCUGGAGACCUUACCGGACAACUUUGGCAAGCUUCACCACCUUCGUUUUCUCAACAUGAGUGGCAGUGACAUCAAAUUUGUUCCAUCUUCUUUCUCAAAGCUGAGAUUAGAGGAGCUUGAUUUGUCAGGGUGCGACUCAGCAUUAUUUGCAGCAAGCCGCUCAAUAGAUAUACCGGACACUCCCAAGCAUGUGCCUAAACUGGUGGAGCUAGCUGGGAGAACUGUGAUUACAGCCAAGCUGCCUUUCACAGAGGGCGACAUUCCAGUGACAUUGUGCUUCUACCUCUCACCUUCCCGAUGGCAUUGGUGCUUCCAAGGCACACCUAUCAGUGUUGAAGGCCAUCCCUAUGGGACGUUUGCCGUGCCCAUGGAUCUCUCACAGAUAGCCCACACAGUCACAUCCUCCGACUUCCAACGCCGCGCUGCACCCAUCCUCAUGAAGGGUUACUUCUGCUCCUACAAGUGCCAAGUGAUGUUCACAGGUGGUGGAUAUGCUAGAUGAUAGUCCAUCGAUGAUAGCUUUAUCAAGAAAUUUUCCAUCUUCCAAUCUUUCAAUAUUUGAGAACUUUCAUUGGAGUACUUUCAUUUAAACUUCCCUAGUCCUGUUACCAAAUGAUCUUUUUAUUGAUUCAAUCACCAUUAAUUUAGAUUGUCUUGCAAAAAAUUAUAUGCACAAUUCAGGAGAAGAAUUUUCAGGGCCAAGUUGAAUGGCUUUUUUGAUUGGGUAACAAUUGGGUAAAAACAUUUGAAUCAUCCACGCUCUGCUGUUUUGUUUUUUAUCUAUUUGUGAAAUUGAAGUAGAUGGACAUGAGAUUUUCAAUAGAGCAAAGGGCCAAUUUUCUCUGUGUUAAUACUUGUAUAAGUGUACCAUAAAUGAAAGAAGAAUUUUAUAUGUUAGAUGAUGGUAUUACACAGGAAUUUUCGCAGUAAAAAAAAGUUGUAUAGUAUUUUAAUGAUGUGUAUCAGAAUGAUGAAAAUUAUAUUUAUACUUUUUUUUAAUACUAAAAAUAAAACAAUAUUUGAAAGCA